UUAAUGUUCAAUAAUUAUGUGCAAAUAUGUUGCAUGCAUUCAGCCGUAAUUUAGAGAUUAAAAUUCAAAGGUCAAGUACAUAAUUUUAUGUUGAUAAUUUGUACACGUUGAAGGUUCAACUGGUUUAGUACAGGAAAUAUUGUUUUCAAUUUAACCGGGCGUUAUAUGUGAUCAACCUUUCCACAAACGAUGAGAACAAUUGUCAGGAAUUCCUAUGUGAGGGUUUUAGGGCUGCUGAGAAAAUCAUGUGAUGUGAACUGCAGAUACUUUAGCUCUAAAUGUCAAGAACAGUCAAAAAUAUGGUCAGGUUUUUUGUCAAAUACAGAUGAAACAAGAAAGAUUGAACUUCAAAGAAUACAAGAUACUCUUAUCAAAUCACAACAGCCAAGGAAGUCAAUUGGAGGUGGAGACAUUUUACCUGAAGCAUUAGCGAGUGAUUUUUUCUCAUAUUAUCAGAAUAUCAAUUCAAAGAUUGACAAGCUGAAGGUCUUCACUACUCUUGCACAAGAUCUUGGCCUGAAUCAUGAUAUGAUCAUAAACAUUGCAGAAGACAUCAAACAAACUAAGCAACGCGGAUCGACCUCGCAACUGAAACUUGAAGAGAAACUUCAACACUCGUUAGAGCCACCUUAUAUUGAGUUGUUGUCUUACAUUGGUCGUCAGGAGGGUGGAGUGAAGUUCAUUGUUGAUCUGAGGAAAGAUCUGUUGGAUAUUCUUUCGGAUAGAGAUCUUGCUUGUGAAAGAGACGAAUUGAUGGCAGUCAACUACAACAUCAGACAUCUCUUAUCCAAAUGGUUUUCCGUUGGUUUUCUCGACAUGCAACGUAUGACAUGGCAGUCACCUUGUGACAUCACCGAAAAGGUAGCAAGCUACGAGGCUGUGCACGAAGUACGUAACUGGAUGGAUAUGAAGCGACGGAUUGGACCUUAUCGACGUUGUUUCGUGUUCUUGCAUCCCAGCAUGCCUAGAGAGCCUGUGUGUGUUCUUCACAUCGCUCUGAGAGACGAGAUUCCUGGAAACAUUCAGAAAAUUUUAGCUGAAGAAAUUCCAAGCGACGAACGAGACGUUGAGAAGAAAAAUACUGCAGUUUUUUACUCCGUAACUUCGACACAAAAAGGACUGGCAGAAAUUGAUUUGGGUCACUCACUGAUAAUGGAAGCUGUUAACCAAUUAAAAUACGAAUUACCGAACAUUAAAACCUUCGUGUCGCUUUCUCCUAUUCCUGGCUUUUAUAAAUGGUUAGAUCAAAAGUUAUUGGAAACAUCAGAGUCGUCUGUUAUCGCAGGAAUAAUGAAUCACAAGAGCAUUUCUAGUGAAGGUCGAAAAGUUCUUGAAAACAUUUUAAAGAAACCUUAUAAUUUAAAUUUUAAGAAUCUCAUAAGUAAUCCAGCUUGGUUAAGAAAUGAACAAUUAUGUGACGUUCUGCAAAAACCAUUAUUGGAACUGUGUGCAAGUUAUCUUUGCAAUGAAAAGAAGAAAGGGUUUGCUUUGGAUCCUGUAGCUAACUUCCAUCUUCGAAAUGGCGCCAUCCUCUGGAGAUUGAACUGGAAGGCUGACGUAAGCAGAAAAGGAGCUUUGAGAUCGCUAGGCAUGAUGGUUAACUAUAAAUAUAGUCUAAAUGAAGUUCACGAUAACAACAGACAAUACGUUUUGCGGGGAGAAGUUGCAACCUCAAAAUAUAUUACCGAUAUUUUAGCAGACAAAAACUUCAACUUUUAAUAUUUAG